ACGCAUGCGCACUGAGAGGGCCGAGCCAGGGCGUACGGCGGCCGGGGCGGGUCAGGCGCCUCAGCGCGCUGCUCUUUGUCAGGCGGAGGACAAAGGAGCAGGUUCGGGUUUGCUCCGUUCGAGUAAAAUGGGAUCCAAGCAGAUUGCGCAGGAAACGUUUGAUGAUGCCGUGCAGGAAAACAUCACGGAAUUUGAAAUGGAUCCGGAGGAGGCUGUGAGAGAGGCUGUGCAGCAGUUUGAGUCCCAAGGUGUUGAUCUAAGCAAUAUUGUGAAAGCUGUGCGGCAGCCUGCCUCUGAAAAUGGUCAAAAGCAAAAGCAUGCAAUUUUGCUGACUUUAGAUUCCCUUGGGAGAUGUGUUGCUGACUCUGAUCUCAAUGAGAUGGCCGAGCAGCUAGUGGUCUUCACUGACCAGUGCAAAGAGCAGCUGGCUUUCCGCUACCUGGCUGGGCAGAACGGUGCCUAUUCUGUGGUAUUCUCUGCCUGCCAGUUGGCUUCGGGAGACAGAAAUUUAAUGCUGAAAGCCUUUUGUACUCUGUCUGCCAUCUUGGAUGGGCAGCCAGACCUACUUGACGCUGCUGGUCAGGAUCUGCUGCUACAAACCCUGAAAGAAUAUCGAGAGGAUGCUGAAAUGACUCUGGCUGGGAUCCGAUGCAUUCGGCACGCCUGUCUGAAACACGAGCAGAACCGCCAGGACUUUGUGAAAGGUGGGGUGCUGCCGCUCCUGACCGGAGCCAUAGUGCAGCACGGAGACAGCGCUGAUGUCGUCCGAACGGCCUCCUCGGCGCUCAGGAUCAUGACGUUUGACGACGACAUCCGUGUGCCCUUCGGUCAUGCUCACGAUCACGCCAAAAUGAUCGUGUUGGAAAAUGACGGGUUAAGGGUCCUCAUCGAGGCUGCAAAAGCAUUCACAGAUAACUCCGGUGUUCUCAGUGAACUGUGUGCCACCCUUUCUCGCCUCUCUGUCAGGAAUGAAUUCUGUCAAGAAAUUGUGGACCUCGGGGGCUUAAAUUUCAUGGUGUCUCUCCUGGCUGACAGCAUUGACCAUCCAGAUGUGGUGAAGCAGGUGCUGAGCGCCAUCCGAGCGGUUGCAGGUAACGAUGAUGUGAAAGAUGCCAUAGUGAGCGCUGGUGGGACAGACCUCAUUGUGCUCGCUAUAAGCCAUCACCUCGCCAACCCUCAGAUCUGUGAGCAAGGUUGUGCAGCGUUGUGCAUGCUGGCUUUGCGCAAACCUGAGAACUGUAAUGUCAUCAUGGAAGGCGGAGGGGCAUUGGCAGCCCUUCAGGCUAUGAAAGCGCACCCACGAGAAGUGGCUGUCCAGAAACAGGCUUGCAUGCUGAUCCGCAACCUGGUCUCCCGGAGCCGGGACUUUUCUCAGCCCAUCUUAGAGAUGGGAGCUGAGAACCUAAUAACAGAAGCUCGUGCAACGCACAGGGACUGUGACGAUGUGGCCAAAGCUGCCCUGCGAGAUCUUGGCUGCAAAGUGGAGCUCAGAGAGCUGUGGACAGGUCAGAAGGGAAGCCUCGCUCAGUGAAUCACCAGUCCACUGAGCAGUGGAGCUUCAGAGCACCUGUGUACAUGAAGUCUAAGGGGGGGAACGAAGCGGCAUGGAUUAACUUGCAGUUAAACUGACCUGGAAUACCUGAUGCAAAUGCCUAGCUUGUGAGGCUGCGGUGAACUUUUUGUCGGGAGCUACAGCUGAAAUGGCUUUGUGCAUUCCAAGGCUGCAAACCAACUCUGUAGUAAUCAUUCCUUGAAUCAUCUAAUGCCUGAAGAUGAUCUGCUCCCCCUGUUAUGUAUGUUUCUUGUGUACGAGACAGGGCUGUCCCGGGUGCUUUGCUCUAUACAAUGAGAGCAAAGGUGGAUCUCUCCUGACAGGAGCCUGGUGCGUACCGUGGCAGCUGGUUCUGGUUUGCUCCUCUGCUCUCUGCCGACGGAGGCCAGCAGCCUGAUCUGGUAAUGGGAGGGCUGAGGAGGGAUCCCAUCAUUUGUGAAUGUGUUCUGUCCUGUUGUGCUGUUCUAACUUAUUUUACUGCUGACCAUA